AUGGAUCCCGUCGUAGAUAUGUACGACAAUUACGAGAAGACAUCCAAUGUACUGGAGCAGAAGGCUGCAAUCCUUGAAGACCCCAGUGCGAGCAUAAUCAGUCCUGUUGUGAGAAUACAGUCGCGUAUCAAAAAGCUGACUGGACUGUGGAUGAACCCAAUUGCUGUCACUAGCAACACUCCAGAUACAUCUGAUAUGCAUAGAGAUCUUUCCAGCUUUCUUUCGAUUUCUGGGGUGCCUUCUACAAUUGAAGUUUCUCCAGGUCAAGCGGAGGACGUCGCUGCGCUUGUCUCCAAAGCCAUCUUUGCGAAUGCUCCUCUUGCUUUCGGAGACCUAGCAGAUGACACUGACCCUGUCACUGUCAGCUCUUUUAGCUUGAAGAGUCAUGCCCAGGAUUGCGCUAUUCAAGUGAGACACGCUUUCUACACUAUUCCUCUCCCUCCCUGUUCCCCCAAUGGCGCGUGGCACAGCACCAUUAACGUUAAGUUGACGACGACCAAAGACUUUCGCAGAGCCCAAGCGUCGAAAAUCCCUCUUAUUAGUACCGCAGCAGAUGUGAAUGCCACCCAUCUGGAUCUUUCGUGGAUUGCCACUGUGAAAGUUGACUGGGCUACCCGGCGGGCUGCUGAAGAAGCUGCCAGGGAAUUUCAAAAAUUAUUCUCGGAAUCUCAAAGGGACUUUGUAAUCGACUUCAACUCUGUCGUUGGCGGCGACCAGCUGCUCAAGAUUAAGGGACCCAAAGGCGUCUCCCCAGCGGAGAUUAAAGUCUGUCACGGAUGUCGUCAAGAAGAUACUGGAAAAAACAUCGACGUCGAAGGCUGGUCUACUGGCAUACCCAGCAGUCACGAUUUCCGAGUCUGCCCUUGA